GCACUGUGUGGAAGCUGAGCUGUACCUGCACCAAGGGGAGCAGUGCUGCUCCCAGCCCUGCUGUGCCCGCCGCGCUGGCUGCUCUGGCUGAAAGCUCCAGGAGGAAUGCCUGAGCCCGGCGAGAGCACAGGCUUUGCAGUCUGCCCCGGGUUUCUUGGCAACGAUGCACUGUGAGAGCCUCAUCGGCACGGCACAGUGCAGUUCCAGCUCUGGCUUCAUGUCCCUUUGAGCUAAGGCAAGGGAGAAACGCGGCUAUUGCUCACAGACUGGAGACCCUGCGGUAUCCUACGGAGAUUUCCACAGCCCUUCUCAGGUGGUGAAAUCCAGGACUGCACCUACUUGGACAGCGAAGGCAUCUACAGUGAGUUGGAGCUGUUCCCUGAUGAGGACACGAUGACUCUGGCACAGCAGGAGGUGCACCAUGAGUCUGACAUGGACAGUGCCAUUGAGAGCGCCCAGAGCUCAGAGGCCUCCGAUGUGUGUCGGAGCGAGGAGAAGGAUGGCAUGCUUGGUGUCCUGUUUCUGCCUGGUGACAAGGCAAGUCCUCACAACCCUUCUGCAGCAUCUGACCUCUCCACUUAUUCCACCGCCUCUCUGAUCAGUAAUGAAGAGCAGUUUGAAGACUAUGGGGAAGGAGACGAUGUGGAUUUUACUCCCAGUAGCCCCUGUCCUGAUGAUGAGACCAGAACCAACGCCUACUCUGACCUUGGCUCAUCUGUAUCUUCCAGUGCUGGCCAAACACCCCGAAAAAUGAGGCAUGUUUAUAACAGCGAGUUACUGGAUGUUUACUGCUCACAGUGCUGCAAAAAGAUAAAUCUACUCAACGAUUUGGAAGCCAGGCUGAAAAACUUGAAAGCAAACAGCCCUAACAGGAAAAUAUCAAGCACAGCUUUUGGAAGGCAGCUCUUCCACAAUAGCAACUUCAGCAGCAGUAAUGGCAGCACAGAAGACCUGUUCAGAGAUAGUAUAGACUCCUGUGAUAAUGAUAUAACUGAAAAGGUAACAUACCUAGAAAAAAAGGUUACAGAAUUGGAAAAUGAUAACCUGACUAAUGGUGACCUGAAGAGCAAACUGAAACAAGAGAACACGCAGUUAGUUCACAGGGUUCAUGAGCUGGAAGAGCUAUUGAAAGACCAAGAGACAUCAGCAGAACAAACCCUGGAAGAAGAGAUAAAGAGACAUCGAGAAGCUUAUAGCAAGUAUGAAAAAGAGAAAGGCACGGAAAUUGAACUGCUAAAUACGAGGGUUCAGCAACUGGAAGAAGAAAAUGGUGAGCUGAAAACCACCGUCAUGCGACUGAAAUCACAAACAGAGAGAUUAGAUGAGGAAAGGCAACGCAUGUCAGAUAGGUUGGAGGACACCAGUCUGCGACUGAAGGAUGAGAUGGAUUUGUACAAGAGGAUGAUGGACAAACUGCGACAGAACAGGCUGGAAUUUAACAAGGAGAGGGAAGCCACACAGGAGCUCAUUGAGGACUUGCGAAAGGAGCUGGAGCACUUGCAGCUCUACAAGCUGGAAUGUGAGCGUCCUGGACGUGGGAGAAGUUCCUCAUCCAGCGUGAGUGAAUUCAAUGCUAAAACCAGAGAGGUGGAAAUGGAGCAUGAAAUAAAACGGCUGAAGCAGGAGAAUCAGAAACUUCGUGACCAAAAUGAUGAUCUUAAUGGACAAAUUCUUAGUCUGAGUAUCUAUGAAGCUAAAAAUCUCUUUGCAACACAAACAAAAGCCCAGUCACUGGCUGCUGAGAUUGACUCUGCAUCUAGAGAUGAGCUCAUGGAAGCCCUUAAAGAACAGGAAGAGAUCAAUUACAGAUUGCGACAGUAUAUGGACAAGAUCAUUCUGGCAAUCCUAGAUCACAACCCAUCCAUCUUGGAAAUAAAGAAUUGAAGUGAAUACAGAAAAGAAAAGCAGCAACUGCCCUAUAUUUCUGCACAUGCCACUGGAUCUAAACAACACUCUGAUACUGUAAAUUAGCCUAUAAAUAUAUAUAUAUAUACACUACAUGUGAGUGUGGGUGCGCGGGUGUGUUUAUAUGACAUUUGGUACACUGUUAUUUGUCACUGAAUUGGCUUGGUUAGACUUCCUUGCACUUUCAAUACCUGUGUCAAGAUAGAUACUGUAUAUUAAUGUAAUAACAAUAUAACUGGAUUAUGCUGUUUUAGAUACUGGACAAAAUGACUCUACCUCUAGUUGUAAAGGUGGAAGAAAGACAGUGGAAACAUAUGGAUGUGACCCUAACUUUAGGAGCAAGAUUUGUUCUUUUGUUCUUCCUGGAAUUUGGGUAUCACAAAGCAAAUAUUAUACCCAGGUUCAGUCCCUAACUGGUGCUGACUGUGUCAUUUCCUAUUCAAUUGAGCUUUAUUACUUAAGAAACACCCAGGAAAAGAACAUUUGUGGAAAAGAAAAGAGACAAAGUAAAAAGAGAAGUGGAAGAAAUGGCUGAAUGUUUGCUAUCUGUAAAAUCACUAUCCAUCUGUUUGCCACUGUCAGCACCAAGUGCUUUCUAUAGAAGAUCACUGCUUUGGGAUGCUUUGAGCCAACCCACUCUUUUGUGUGUGAGUGUGUGUGUGCACAUGUGUAUAUUUUAUGCCAGGGUUCCUGUAGCACUGAGGCUAGGAAUCUCUUCAACUCUAUUCCCCUAUUUUCAGGGGUUCAUUGUAGAAUGGCGUGGGCCAGAAAGGACUUUAAAGGUUGUAUGGAUCAUGCCACCUACUCUAGGCAGGAUUGCCACCUACUGGAUCAGGCCAGCCUGGCCUUGAAUGCAUCCAGAGAUGGGGCAUCCAUAACUUCUCAAGGCAGGCCUGUUCUGCCUCUCCACCCUCUAGGUAAAGAAUUUCCUCUGAACAGCUGACUGGAAUCUCUCUCCCCUGCUUUUCAAACCCAUUCUCUUUGUCCUGUUAUUAUCAGAUUGUGUAAAAAUGGAUCUCCCUCUUGUUUAUAAGCUCUUUUCCAGUACUAAAGGCUGAAGUGAGGUUUCCCUGGAACCUUCUCCAGGCCGCACAAGCCCAGUUCCUUUGGUGUUCCUUCCUAGGAGGUGAUUCAGCCCUUGCAUCUCCGUGGCCUUCUCUGGACCCACUCUUAACAGCAGCACAUCUUGUGCUGGUCACCAUAUGCCAGGUGGGGCCUCGAGGGCAGAGCAGAGGGGGACAAUCACCUCCCUCACCUUGCUGGCCCAACACACAGUUUUUGUCCAUCAGGAUCCCCCCAAGUUCUUCUCUACAGGGCUGCUGUCAAUGAGUUGUUCUCACAGUCUGUGCUCACAUCUGGGGUUGCUCUGGCCGAGGCGCAGCACCUUGUGCUUGGCUUUGCUCAACCUCAUUUGGUUCAUU